AUGGCCAGAUUCCAACCCAUUGCGGUCAUCCGCGAGACAUGGAUGAUCUACACACCCAUCGAGCGGCGGAAUAUAGCCAUGUACAUCGCUGGAAUUAUGAUGUAUAAGUUUGGACUCGAAGCAUUCAACGGCUCGGUUAUCGCUCUUGCAACAAAUCGGUAUGACGAACUCGAGAAACGAACACACAUAUCGAUCACGUUCCAGCGUGUGGGUAUCCUGACCGGACUCAACCAGGCAUUCCAGUGCGUCGGAUCGAUCUUGAUAGCUCCACUGAUCAAGAGAUAUCCGACGAAGAACGUUCUGGCUUGCGCCAUCCUGAUAUUCGGAGUGAUGAGCAGCACACUCCUGAUACUGGAUGCAGCGACUGGUGGCAGGUUCGUACCGACUGGACAUCCCAAGGGGGACUUCAGCUACUAUGGAGACUACAAUACCGACGGCAUGAUCCCUAUCUACUGUGUUUGCGGUGUAGUCUACGGCAUGGUAGAGCUCAUUCGACGAGUCAUUCCCCGCGAUCUCGUGGGCGGCAACGUCCAGAAAUUGCGACGCAUCGACUCGCUCGUCCACAUCUUUUACGAAGUCUCUGGCACAGCAGGCGCUUUCUGCACAGCGCUUGCUCUCAUCCCGCAUCUCGGCAACAACUUCUCUUUCAUCAUCACACCAAUCUUCUUCGCCGCGGCAUCGUUCCUCUGGUUCUUCAUUCAAGAAGCAGCGCCCCAAGCUGAAGGUUUGGUCCUUGAGGGCCAGCCAGCCUACGUCAAGGCGGUUGGAAGUGGCUUCUAUCUGUUCUUCGAAUCGAUCUGGACCGGCGGCAAGAUCAUCUUCACUCACAGAAAAUUCAUGUGGUUGCUUCCUGGGUACGCAAUCGCCCUCUACGGCCAUCGAUACCUCGAGAACGCCAUCGCUCCUGCUGUCGCCCGUCGAUACCUUGGAAACUCAGCCUGGGCACAGAUUAUGGUUGGCGGUUCGAACUUCGGCGAGCUGCUAGGUGCACUGUUCGUCUUCAUGUUCACAAACCUUGUGCAGACGCCCAUGCCCUGGCUACGUCUUGACGCACUGGCUCUCCUUAUCGUCUGGUACCUCCCGUUCUGGCACCCCCCUAGAGGCGAUGUAGGGCAGGCGUGGAUUGUUGCAGCCACUUUCCUCCCCAUCAGCUUCGGCUGGGCUGCUGGUGACGUUUCUCUCGCCGCCUAUAUCCAAGCUUCUCUUGCGCGCAUCGAGUCGGACACCAAAAACGUAUCAGCACUCGGCGCUGUUAUGGCCUUCCUUUACAGUGCCUAUAUCGUCACGUACGCCAUCGCAUCGGUGUGCUUAGGCACAUACAUCGACCGAGUGUCUGACGCGAACAACGACCAGAUCCAGCCUGCUAUACGGAAUGUAGCAGGUAUCCAAUUCACCAUUAUCGCCGUGCUUGUCAUGACGAGUACCUUCAUACCCAAAGGCGCUUUUGCCCUCAACCCUCAGAUGCUCAGCGAUGAGGCGCUAGAUACAGAUCUCGAAGAUGAAGAUCUAGAAUACGUGCCUGGUGGGCACUCGAAGAAUAAGAACAGCCAUGAGAGUCAUGAGAUGGUCAGCAGAGUGAGCACGAUGUAG